UAUCGAAGCGUGUGUUGAUUUUCAAAUCAAUCUGUUCGUCAAAAUAUCAUUUAAUACUAAAAAAUAAUUGGAAAUAUGAGAAGAUACAUCUUACUGUUGAUUUUUAUUCACCUUGCUCUUGCUACUAUUGGUAGACAUCAUAGAGAUAGCGGAUUUCUGAAUCAUGUACAGCUAGUGCAUGAAUUUCAGUGUUCCAUGCCACAACCAAGAGCUGUACCAGUAGCAGAACUUCUAACUAUUGGUCCUAGUCCGGAUGAAAUUUUUUAUCCCGCCUCUACCGUCCUGACACGUUGUGAAGGAGCCGGAUGUUGUUCGGAUCCGAAACAAAUUUGUGCACCUAUCGAAACCAGAAACAUCAGUCUUGUUUUUAUGGUAAAACACAUGAUUGAUCGACAACGUGACAGGCAUCACGAAGUGAUACAUGCUUUGGAACAUACAAAAUGUGGGUGUGUCGAUAAAAGAAUUAUAAAGUUCGAUUGACCGGCUCUAUUGAAAUUUUUUGUCAAACAUUUACGUGUUAUCACAAGAAUAUUACAAGUAGUUACUUAAUUUUUCGUUAAAAAAUUGAAAUAUAUCAAAAUAAUAUUUAUAAUCCCGCGUUUACUUUUAGUGUAGGAUAAGUUCCUUGAUUUAAUCAUUCUUCAGGAUUUUUGACUGUGAUAUUUUUAUAAGUAUUACAUGUUUUUUUUAAGUAACAUAUUAAUAAACGUUUUUGGAAAACAUA